GGAGGAGAGGAAGGAGCCGAGCGUUGCACGCAGCCCCGCCCGCUGCGGGCCGGCUCACUCGCUCACUCAAUCGCUCGCUGUGUCGGCGUCCGGGCGGGCUGCGAGCGGCCCCGUGGUGCGGUGCGGAGCUGCAACGAGGCGGAGGGGCGGCGGGAGCGGUCGUCAGCGGCCGCCGAGACGCAGCCGAAGGAGAAGGCGGCGAGAGAGAAGAGGAAGAAGAAGUCGGAGACGGAGUGGCGCGGAAGCGGCGAGCGUGAGGUGGCGGCGGUGUUGCGGUGGCGGCGGGGCCGUGCGGGAGAUGUACGCGGUGAAAGAAGGGCGCUGCGGCCGGAGGCAGCGGGCGCUGCUGUGCUGCGUGUUGGUGGCGGCGUGGGAGGCGGUGCGGGGGCAGCUGCGCUACUCGGUGCCCGAGGAGCUGCCCAAGGGCUCGUUCGUGGGCGACGUGGCCAAGGACCUGGCGCUGGAGCUGGCGGCGCUCGGCGCCCGCGGCGCCCGAGUGGUGUCCCCAGGCAGGACGCAGUAUUUUGUUCUGCAUGCGAGCAGCGGGCACUUGGUGACGGCCGAGAGGAUAGACAGGGAGCAGCUGUGCGAGAACGAGCCACAAUGCGUGCUGCGCUGUGAGCUGAUCGUGGAGGGCGAGAUGAAGGUUUAUGCAAUCGAAGUGGAAAUCACGGACAUUAACGACAAUACGCCCAAAUUUCGUGUGGAAGAAAUGAAACUGAGAAUGAGCGAGACGACAACCCCGGGAUCGCGCUUUCCAUUACGGGUUGCACAGGACCCGGAUGUGGGUGUGAAUUCCCUGCAGAGCUACACGCUGAGCGGCGACGAGCACUUCUCGCUGUCCGUGCAGGCGGGAGCCGACGGCGAGAAGCGUCCCGAGCUGGUGCUGGCCAAGGCGCUGGACCGGGAGGAGGCGGCGUUUCACGAGCUGCUGCUGAGGGCGAGCGACGGCGGCGACCCGGCGCGGACGGGCACGGCGCGCAUCCGCGUGGCUGUGCUGGACGCCAACGACAACGCGCCCGCGUUCAGCCAGGCGGUGUACACGGUGCGAGUGCCCGAGGACGUGCCCGUGGGCUCCACGCUGCUCCGCGUCACCGCCACCGACCUCGACGACGGAACCAACGGGGACGUGAAAUACACAGUGAAUAAAAUUACUGACAAAGCUUUGAAGUUAUUCCAUCUUGACGCUAAAACGGGAGCGAUUAAGUUGGCGAUGAACCUGGACUUUGAGGAAGCACAGUCGUAUAAACUAGAAGUGCAUGCACGGGACGGAGGAGAUCUAUUCGAUACGGCAACAGUGUCGAUCUCGGUGACGGACGUGAACGACAACGCGCCCGAGAUUUCGGUGCGUUCGGCGCUGAGCGAGAUCUCGGAGGACGCGGCGCCGGGGACGGUGGUGGCGCUGCUGCACGUGCAGGACCGCGACUCGGGCGCCAACGGGGAGGUGCGGUGCAGCCUGGGCGAGGGCGUCCCGUUCCGGCUGGAGCGGGCGCUGGACGACUACUACAGCGUGGUGACGGCGCGGGAGCUGGACCGCGAGCGGGCGUCGGAGUACAACGUGACGGUGCGGGCGGCGGACGGCGGGUCGCCGGCGCUGCGGAGCGGCGCGGUGCUGGCGCUGCGGGUGCUGGACGUGAACGACAACGCGCCGGUGUUCGCGGAGGCGCGCUACAGCGCGCGGCUGCCCGAGAACAACGCCGAGGGCGCGCUGGUGCUGACGGUGCGCGCGUGGGACGCGGACUGGGGGCAGAACGCGCGCGUGCGCUACCGGCUGCGGGAGGGGCGGCUGCGGGGCGCGCCGCUGUCGUCCUACGUGUCGGUGCAGGCGGAGACGGGCGCGCUGUACGCGCUGCGCUCGUUCGACUACGAGGAGGUGCGCGAGGUGGAGCUGUGGGUGCGGGCGGAGGACGGCGGCGCGCCGCCGCUCAGCAGCAACGUGUCGGUGCGGCUGCUGAUCGCGGACGAGAACGACAACGCGCCGCAGGUGCUGUACCCGCCGGCGGCGCCGGGGCCGGGGCCGGGUCCGGGAUCGGGCGCGGGCGUCGGUGCGUGGGGCUCGGCGUCGGGCGCGUGGAGCUGGGCGGGCGUGGAGCUGGCGCCGCGCUCGGCGGAGCCCGGCGCGCUGGUGGCCAAGGUGGUGGCGGUGGACGCGGACGCGGGGCAGAACGCGUGGCUGUCGUACGAGCUGGCCAAGGCGACGGAGCCGGGGCUGUUCCGCGUGGGGCUGCACAGCGGCGAGGUGCGCACGGCGCGCUCGCCGCUGGCCCGCGACGCGGCCCGGCACAGCCUGGUGGUGGUGGUGAAGGACCGCGGGCGGCCGGCGCUGUCGGCCACGGCCACGCUGACGGUGGUGCUGGCCGAGAACGUGGCCGAGCUGCUGUCGGAGCUGGGCAGCGCGGCGGCGCCGGCCGAGCCCGCCGGCAGCCUGACGCGCUGGCUGGUGCUGGCCGUGGCGGCCGUGUCCUGCCUCUUCCUCGCCUUCCUGCUGCUGCUGCUGGCGCUGCGCCUGCGCCGCUGGCGCCGCUCGCGGCUGCUGCCGCCGCCUUCGGCCGGCGCCGCCUUGCGCGGCGUCCCGGCCUCGCACUUCGUGGGCAUCGACGGCGUCCGCGCCUUCCUGCGCUCCUACUCGCACGACGUGUCGCUCACCGCCGACUCGCGCAAGAGCCAGCUGCGCUGCGCGGGCGGCAGCUGCUGCGACACGCUCCCGGCCCGGCCGCCGCCCGACGAGGCCGCGCCGCUGCGCGGGGAAGACGCUGCCGCCCACCGCGCCGCCGAGCCCGACGGCCUCCCGGUGAGUGCUGCCACCGCCGCGGCUCCCCACUCCCUGCCUUCCCGCUCGCCUCUCGCUCCGGUCUUUGACUCCCCCUGGUGUCGCGUUUUCCCUUCUGCUCUCCAGGUUUCCUUUGAUGGCGAAUCUGUUACUAGUACCUGUCUCUUUCUUCUCCUCUAUCCUAAUUCUCUCUGAUGUUCGGCGUUAACGGCUCUCUUCUGCGGAUUGUUGUCGCUCUCUCUGUUGGGCAACGUUAGUGACAGUUCACUAUCCGGAGGCGUGUAGAGAUAGUCUUUCCGGGACGUGUGAAGUGUUAGCACUUUCACUGCCUCCUUUCAGUUCGUGCCGUGUCCUCCUCUCUCAGCUAUACCCGAAGGCACGCGACUCACUCGUCAGAUCAAGCUAUAUCCGUAAUAGAUUCCUUAUCUUAAAUAACUCGUUAGUUGAACUCGUUCUUUGACCUAUCUAAGACGGAUCUGUGUGGCAUGACGUCUGCACAAACGCAAGCUAUGGCAGCUGCAACUGUUUUUCGUGAUCCAGACUUCAGGUUUUUGCUGUUUAGUCUUCCUGGUGAAAGAAGAUUGACAUCUGGUGGUUGACAUGUUGGAGUGUGGUUUCACUGUUACGUUGCCUUUUCUGUUUGUCCUAGUCCAAAUUACUCUGCUUAUCCUUUCCUCCUUUACAACUCAUUCCUCAUCCUUCUCUUCCCCCACCCGUAGCAGUGAUUUGACUCACUCUUUGGAUGGCAAUAAGGGCAAUAAGAAUUGUCAGUUCACGGAUUUGGUUAGUUGAAAAUGGUUUUCCAAAUCUCACGCUUGGUCAUCGAGUUGUCAGUUUGUCUGAGUGUGAAAUUUAAGCAGUAGGACACUGUACUUACGGCAUUGAUACUACGCAACUGGAUAGAAGCCACCUUUCCUUUCCCAUCUGAGGUAGCAGUAGGAUUUUGUUAGCAGCAUUGCCAUUGGAGUUCUUGUGUUUCUGUUCUUAUGUCCUAAUCAUUGUCUGGCAGAAAGAAUGAUAUCUGUGUAGAAUCAGGGCAGACAUGAAAUAGUUCAUCUUGCUUUUAUUGUACCUCUAUAGAUAGUAGGUGUUCUUGUUCUUUCUGUUUCUACCUCGUUUGGGAUUUUUAAUUACUGGAUGUAUUUGUCUGCUGCUUUUCUAUUUUUCCUUAAUCUUGCCAGCAAGUGGUGUUUGUGUGACUUGAAACUGGUCAGAGGAUCUUCGCCUGUCUGUUGAAAUUUGACAUUUCACAAUAUUAUGUUUCCUCUUCCCGCUCCUUUCUUCUUUUGCCGGCAGUACUUGUAUUACUAAAUUCAACACGCCUUUACUUCUGACUUCCCCAGUUUGCACUGAGUUUUGAUCCUGACAUCCUCAAUGUGCCUAGCCAGUGUUUCGCUUUCCCUGUGUAGAGUGCGUUUUUAUUAUUUGGAAUUCUGUAUCUACAUGCGCUUCCCAUUGAUAGCAGUGGGUUUGAUCAAUGUCUUUGAUGAAUCGAACGAUCAAAUCAUCCUUUGGCGAUACCUAUUCGCCUGUUAUCAGAAUCAAUCGCAAUCUUCACAGUUCGUAGUGUUUACCUAAUGCUUUGGAAUGCUGUGUGUGAAUGGCUUGUGAGGGAUACAGGGGAUUAUUUUGGUGAUUCGCAGUCUUUUAUCCAUAUCCUGAUGACCUCCUAUCAGUAGAUCUGGGCGUAUUUUUCUAACACUUUCUGUGGCAUCUGCCAUGUUAGGAUUUUAUCACUUUAAUGUCUAGUUUCAUAAUGUUUGGGCAGAUGCAAGAGUGAUGUCUCUGCAGUGACAAUGCUGUUCGUCACUUUGGUACAUUAAAUGUUUUUGCCUUGUUUCUUUUCAAUUUCUAAAGACUGAUCUCAGGGUGGUUGAUAACCUAUUGAGAACUGGAAUGCCAUAGAUAAACGUCCAGCCGGGGAUCAGUUUCCACACCUGCCUUGAAUUGUUAAAGCUGUCAGUAGGAAGAACUUUCUAUACUUAGGCUUCUGUAAAAUAUCACUGAGUGAAAUGUUGCUGUUCAUGAUCAAGUUAGUGCCAAGUGCUCUUAUGUUUAAUCAUGACAGUAAAGUCUGUGAAUGUUGGGAAAGGAGAGUGAGAGACUGGUGCUGAGCAUAGGAAAAAGGUAUUUAGAGUGAUACGAAGAUGGGUAUGGUUUGAUUUCAUACCUGGUGCAAAGGUCUGUGUUGUUUACACUACAAUCCUCAUUUCCCUGUCAUUAGAGGCAGCAAUAUUCUCUUUGAAAUGAAGAUUUCUUCCAGAUUGUUUGUGGGACAGUUCUUUAGAGCUAGAAUGGUGUAUAAUGGCAGUGUUUAUUUAUCCAUUUAUGCCUCUCUAGUUUCCUAUAUCCCUGUGAUGUACAUUUCCUUCACUGUGAUCUUCAUGUGUUCAGGCCUAUACUUCCAGGGUGGUUGUGGUUCGUGUUUUCCAUUUCUGGCCAAUGCUUUUACAUUGGGAAAUGCAAGUGUUGUAUUACAGGAAAUCCUUCCUUCCUUUGACACGGUCUCAGUCAGCUGUAGACAAGAUUUUUCUCUGUGUGGAAAUAAGGAAGUAGAAGAUCUCAGAAGUAUAAACUUCCAAAAUAGUCUCACGAGGAGAGGCUUCAACUUCUGGUUUCUUUAUUUCUGUGUGCUUCCAACCAUGAGUUGGCUUUGACUGCCGUGUUAUACUUUGCAUUGUUGGCAGGGUUGGAUAACUUCCCAAUAGCUCAUGUGCUGGAUAUGUUGGGUGAGAUGGUCUUGAAGCAAAACAUUAUUGUCCCUAUAUAUAAUUUCUAUUAAACAUUUAAACUCCUUACAUCUUAUCUGCAUGAUGGGAACAAACAGCUUAUCUUUUGAGGGAAAAAAUGUCCUUGUAUCCACCCCUGACAUGGUCUUGGUACACAUGGUAGAGAAAUGGGCUGGGCUACCGUUCCAAGCUGUUUGUUAUGAAAACAUAUUGAAAACAAUCAUAGGAGUAUUAUUUGGGAAUGGCGUGGGGAUAUUCUUCCUGAAGAGGUUCUGGAGGAAAGAGGAUUGUUUCACCUGUGACCACACAGGAAUGGAGCAGAGUUUGCUGGUGCGUGAUUGGUAUUGGUAAGAGUCUCUUUGUGGGUCCAUCACUCUAACUUCAUGUUGAAUAGCAUUUGCCAAAAUUGUAGAACAACAUCUGAAGAGUGGUAGGUAAUAUUUUCACUUGUCAAUUUUGCCCCUUUUUUUUUUUUUUUUUUUUUUCUUGUAUGUGUAUAGCAGUCAGGAAUAGUCAGGAAGAGGACUUGGAUAAGCUUAAGUUUCCCUGAACUGACACUGAAUGACAUGCUCUUCCUAGGAGCCAAAAUGUUUCUUAAAGUUGGAUAUAUCCAUGGUGCAAGUAAAGGUUGUGAAUGCAACAAGGAUGGUGAGUGACUGGAUUUGAAUUUGAAUAGCAGUUGGGUCAGCUUUGUUGUUGUGUGGGCGAUGGUUUGAUUUCAUUGUUGCUGUCAAGACCUGUAGUACGUACGCACCAUUUUAUCCCAGAUCCAACAUCUUACUUUGUAAUGAUAAUCCUCUGAUGACAAAAUUUGUCUCUCUAUUGGAUGAUAACGCCUAUCUCUAAUGGCUUAUGAAUUUUGAGUGAAACCUCUCUUGUAUCUAGAUGUAAUGUUGUGAUGGAGAGUUUCUUAAUAGCUGUAAUUCUGUUCAUAGGGCUUUGUUCCCAGGGUGGCUGUGAUCCACGUUUCCCAUUUUCUGAACAGAGCGUAUGCAUUUGGAAACAAUACGGCUGUGUUGCAGAAACUCCUGACCUUCCUUGAGCAAGUCUCAACAAGCACAUGAGGACAGACUGUUUUGUUUGACAAAACUGAGACUGAAUCCGUCAUGGUUUGAGUUGUUAGAGUUAGGGUAGUCUGGUUACUUUGAGGUUGGGCUUGACAAUCUUGAAGGUCUUUUCUACCCCAAGCAAUUGUAUGAUUCUAUGGUGGGUUUUUUUUUUUGUUUGUUUGUUUGUUUGUUUUGUUGAUUUUUUUUUUAAUAAUUUGAAAAAGUUCCCGUAUUAACUCUUUUUUAUUUAAAGUUUCAUAGUCUUUGGAGAUGAGCGGGAGAGUUGGAAUCUUUCUGAGAAGUGGUGAUUUUUUCCUAAAAUGAAAUCUUCCAUUGUGCAAUUUAUGGGAAGAAUUUAGGGCCCUACUUGCAGCUUAAGAACCGAUUGGAUUCCAGGUGUAGUGGAAUAGGAUUUCAGUUUCCAUAGAGAAGACCAUUAUUCCCUCUGGAGUUUGUCAGCCUCAUUUCUCUUUGAAUGUUUCCACGUGCUGCUGGACUGAUUGACAGCAUUUCCUGCCCUUAUGUCCAUGUACAUAUGUUGAAUUGGAAAAGGCAACAAAAAUAGUGUUGUAUUUAUUUUCAUUUUAGUAAUGUUUUAUGUCUUCGUGUGUCACUAGCUGGGUAUUUCACGAGAGCCAGAGCUGGUGAGGAGUGGCAGAGAUGUGCGGGUACCUCUUUGCUCUCUUCCUUUUUUAUGUCUCUGCUGCCGACGUAAGCCUUAAAGGAUAGGAAGGUCCAUUAGAAUUGUGGAAAUGAGGGAGUCGUUUCCAUACUUUGAAUGUGUAGAGCUGUCAAGGAUAAAACUUGGAUAUAUUUCUCUUUCAAAGCAAUGUCAGAGAAUCAAGUUCUCUUGCGAUUGGCUGGCAUAUCAGCAGGAAUGUGUAUACUGUCCAUGGUGCUGAAAAGGUCAGAGAUUUCAGAGAGGUGCGUGAGAGCUUGGCUUAGAGUUUGGAAAAUCGUUGGGUUCAGAAGGCUCUGUCUGGCCUCUUGGAACCAACCCUUCUUGUCUGGAUUUCCUUUCACAUCUGGUGCAAAUACCUGCAACUGUUUCUGCUAUGAUCCUAGCUUCUUUGUCCUUGGAGGCAGUGUUGGUUCGCCAAGAAUCUUGCAUUUGGCAAAAGUUACAUAUGUAGAGCAGGCCUGAGAAGUGAAAGAGACUGAAUGCAGCUGUAGGUACUGACUUCUGUGAUGUUAAAGGAAAAGAAGAGCGGAAGAGUUGUGUGGGGAAAGAUGUUUCCUGAAAACCCUCAUCUAGCACCAUACCAGGUGCCAUAUAGUGCUGUAAGAUUUCACCUGCAUGUACACCUGAUUGCAUGUCCCUGAUGGGACAAGAUUUCCUUCGCACCAAGUGCCACGGUGUUUUCUUCCAGUGUAUGCGUAGGAAUCUCAUUAGAAAUUGAAGUGAACUGAAAGCAGGGCCGGGGUUUUCAACUGUUCCAGACUGCAAGCAUGCAAGCAUACUAGAGGGAUCUGGUGGGUGCCAAAUGUCCAAACAAAGAGUGGCAGAAACUAUUUCUCUGUCACUUUUGUGUGGAUGCUCUCUCGUACAUGUCUUGGUUUUCCAAAGGCUAGAGAUUACUGUUCUUGCAACAUAGACAUAGAGUUCACAGGCAGUACAAGAGCAUCAAGCCUUCCCUUGAAUCAGGAAGCUUGAUGGGUCAGCAGUGUACUUGACUGUACCAUGUUUUGAUUACUCAUACUGUGUCAAAGUUAGUGCCUAUUUCACUGAGCCCCUUUCUUCCAGUGUUGUGACAAUCAUAACUGACAAUCUUUUCUGUACAAGCCUUCAACCAGCACCACUGGAUGUAAAUUCACCUCACACGGAAAUGCAGCUUGAAUUUUCAUUGACUUCCAAGUGCUCAUUUUAAGGCAAAGUCGUAUCAAUGGAACUACACACUGCAGUAGUGCUCCUCCCAUGGACCUGCUGUUUCUUUAUAAUUAGAAUCAGAAGUAUUUGAAAUGACUGAGCUACUGGUUUGCAAGGAGAAGUUCUGAAGGACACAGCCAUGCUCUUCUACCCAUUGUUGUAAUCAAGAAAUAGCAAAAGGUCAACAUUAUUACGUACACGGAUGACCUCUCAAAGCUCUGUGCCAUGCUAGUUAUACGGAGAAGUGGUACAGACUUGUCUGCAAUGCCUGUGGCCACUUCUUCUGGGUUGUUCUCAUUUCUUGGAAGACUGGAGGCACAGGGCCUGCCAUCUCAGAGGGCUCAGGGGAUCUCCUAGCUCUUCAUCUAACCCAAAAAGGAGGAACAGCAGGGACUGGGAGCUUGACUUCAUGAUACACUGGUAAAUGUGCAUGGGACAUUCCCUUCACAGUGUGUUACGGACACAUGGGAAGGGUUUAUUUCAGUCUGCUGGCAUGGAAAUUACAACAGAAACCGGGAGUGAAUCUAGCACUGAGUUGUGGAAAGACUAGAAGAAUAAUCCGAGUUCAUGGUGGAGAAGCUGCUACUGGGA